AUGCUGCGUCUUUCACUUAUCAUCUUGGCCUGCUUUUUCGCCUCAAUCCUCGCCUUCCACGACGUCAAGUUCCGGAAUUGCAAAUCUCUCUUCACCGUCCAUUCCCUCGAAGUUUCUGGUGCUCAAUUGGUCGAAGACAACGGGCACCACAUCACCGUGCUCAAGAAGGGCACCCACCCGAAGAUUCGCAUAAAAUUCACACCGGAUGUUGCCCUGGACAGCUUCACCACGACGGUCAACGCCAAAAUUGACGGCGCCCUGCUGAAGUGGAGCAUGCCGGAGCCGAAUGCUUGCAAGUUUAUGGAUUGCCCGGUAGCCGCUGACACCCAAAACGUCUACGAACAGGCCAUCCACAUCAAAAACGAGUACCCGACCGACAAAACCGUCCAAAUCAAUUGGGUAAUCGACGGGGAUCGCGAAGAUAUCCACCACGACGUUUGCGUCAUCUUCCUCGCAAGAAUUGAGAAG